GCGCAAUCCACGCUGCUCUCUUCUCGAAACGAGGUAGUGAACGUUGUUGAUGUCUGUAGCUGAUAUUGUCUAUUGUUGUUUCUCGUCUCUGGAUGAAGUCAAAGCAUUUAACUAGUUAGUUAUUUGAGUCGCUGAGUCAGCAAUGACGUCUGACCACCGCAGUCAUCUUUGUUUAUUUAACAAUUAUUCGCACCAAUUUACUUAACUAUCAACUGCGCAAAUUACUCAAUUGGCCUUUAUCAGAUGCUGAGAACUAGAUUGCUUUCGCUUGGAACUAAUACCCCAAAAGAAAGGAAAAAGGAAUAGCAUUGCCCCCUCAGCAGCACAUCCCGCUGUCUUUCCCAUCCCCCCUCAUCUUCCCCGCCACAUCUUGCAAUGCAGCCGUCCCAACCAGCCCCCAACUUCCAAAUCAUCUCGACUCUCCGCUACGAUCCAGAUCUCCCCAGAACCCCGGAUAUAUCAAACUCCUACCCCUCCCCCAGAACGUCCCCGUACUACCUCCUCAGCUACCACUACGACCGCCUCCUCGCCGCCUCCCUCGACUUUAAAUGGCCCGCCGCAAUCGCCCUCCUCCAACAACAACCCCGAGAAACAGUCCUUUCCCAGCUUACCCAAAAGUUUAAUGAGCAUAUCAAAUCCGACCCAACCCAUCCCUGGCGCCUGCGUGUCCUCCUCGAUGCCGCCGGCGCCCUCACGGUCGAAGCUGUCCCGAUCACCAGCAACGCUCCCCCACCACCGCUCUCAACGCCCAGUAAUAUAUUAUUAGUCUUACCAAGCGCAACGGCAGAUCUCUCGCGCCUCCUAUCCUGCAAUGUCAUUCAUGCGGAAGCAACCCCCGCGGCAAGGGUAGCAAUCGAACCGUGGACGGUACGACUUGACACCCAACCAACCCACCCGUCACUCUUCACCCGCCACAAAACCACCGCGCGAGAUCACUACACGGCAUCGCGCGCGCGCGCGGGAAUUACUGCAUCGCCGCUUGAUAGGACGGAGGUGCUGAUAUAUAACCCUGCCGGUGAGGUGAUGGAGGGCAGCAUAACAACUGUGUAUUUCCGUCGACGGCGAAAACAGGGUCUUGGUCCGGCGGCAUCGAUCCCUGUGCCUGGGGAGGCGCGUGAUAUUGGUGACGGUGAUAGUAGAGGACCAGCAGACGAUUCCUCUUAUUACUGGGUCACGCCGCCGCUAUCCAGUGGUGGGAAUGCGGGGACGUCGAGACGAUAUGCGCUUGCGGCGGGGAUGUGUGUGGAGGAGGUUGUGAGGGUUGAGGAACUGCGGGAGUUGGAGGGCCAGCUGGGGAGGGUGUGGUUGAGUAAUGGGGUUAGAGGGUUUAUGCCGGCGGUUUUGAGGCUUAACAACAGUUAGUUACGGGUUGUGUGAGUGCUGGUAGGGAUAGGUAAGGUAACGCUCCUCUAUAUCCAUUGGAAUUGAAGUGGAGAAGACCGAAUAUUUCCAUGGGGGAUGCCGCAGCAGCAGCAGUGCCAGCAACAACAAGAAAGAAAAUCAUCAAGAAACACAGGACAGGGCUCAUAGAGUCCAUUGACUUGUCGACCCAUGUGCGUAGUGCGUAUUGGGCAACGAAACAUCGACGGAUCUGGUGAAAUGCGAGGAGAUUAUGGGCCGGAGACUGAAAUACCAGCGGUUAUUUGACAGGACGUCGACCAGGUGUGCAAUACCAUGCAUGUAUUCGCAGCUAUAGCCAUCAUCUGCUAUCUAUCUUCACCUGUACUGGAUUGGAUUGAAUUGAAUUGAAUUGAAUUGAACGAGGGGACCAAGUGAACAAAUGGGAAUCUCCGGAUACCGAAGAUUACCUCCUUACAGCCAGAGUGAGGUGUUUAUUUGGUUGAAGGGAAGGAGAGAAAGGUGGAUAAUAUGGAAAAUCCUAUAUCUAUCAAUUACAUGGACUUUCUUCACUCACAUAUCUUUGUGGUGCACUGAAAGAAUUAUGCAUACUAAAUAUCCCUCCCCGCAUAUUUAAGAUAGACUGGGCUGCACGGAGUAGGAUGUAAAAGCCGAGAAUACCUAAUUCCCUCGUAAAAUAGAUAGAGCUUCCCUUGAACAAAAGCCAACCAGGCCAACAAACAGAAAUCUCUUUUUUUUUCGUUAUAUGUACAUAAUGCAACACGUAACACAAAGACAUACAAAACCCAACAAAUAAAAGAGGAUAAAAAAGAAAAGGAAUAACCACCCGCAUCCAAUCUUGUUUGCGAAUCAAAC